GAAGAAUGUAUAUAGAAGAAUUUUCUAAUUAACUAAAUUUGGAUCAAGAAACCUUAGAUUAAGUAAGAAUAGCUAUGCAGUAAUUUUCAGAAUAAGAGGAAAAAGUAUAUUUCAUUAGAAGGUAUUUAGAUUUACGUUCCAGCUGUAGUUUAUUUGUGUAGCCAAAGCUGUCAAAUACAAUAAAUAGAUGGAUAAACAAAAUAAGGCAAUGGAAUUACACUUACAUAAGUAUAAUGGUAAUAAGAUUGUAGAUAAUUCGCAAUUUGGAUCCCCAAACUGAUAUUGAGUAGUUCUUAUUGGUUUUAUAACAACUUCCUUCUCUACCGAAGUAUCAUUCAAGUGAAUUUGAUAGUGUUGUCAGAUAAGCCAAUUUCAGCUUCAGAUUAUACAAAAAGUUUGACAAAUGCUUUAGCCUCAUUCAGUAAAAUCAAUAAAUUGAAUAUUUAUUAGGCCAUUCUAGAAUCCAAGUUCGACUCCUUAAUUCAGAAAAGAGGAUGAUAGCGAUCCUUACAUAUAAGCCUUAAAGAAAGUAGCAUGGAUUCUGUGCAUAAUGGUUCGAUAAAACAUUUUACAAUAUGAAGAGUAGUUAGGUAAGAAUGAGCACAAUAUCUAUGAUCCAAAUAGUAAAGUUAUUUUGAUUCUGGUUGGAUCUUUAUCAAGAAUAUUUUCAAAUUUACCAAAUACAUUCACAUAAAAUGUUGCAGAUCUUUCAUAAAAAAUGUUAUCCUUUUUUUGUAAUGAUUUAAACGAAUGCGAUGAGGAAUUAAAGUAUUAUUAAAAUCUGUGUUUUAAAUGCAUAAAUCAAAUUGCAUGUGUGAUGCAACAUAAAGCCAAAGUUUUAGAUUUGUAAUAAGAUCCUCAAGAAAAUCAAAUUCAUAUUUUAUUUGAAGAGAAUACAAUUGAAUAGACGUAUAAAAGACUACAUAAAUAUUAUGAGAAGACCAGAAAACAUUCAGAUUUAGAUGAAGAAUGCUUUCUAAGAUAAAGGAUUGUAUUUACUCCUAAAAAAGACAUUAACAAAUAAACAGAUUAUUCAGAAUUUGAAACUUUAUAAAAGAAAACAAAAAUAAAAAGUGACCCUCCUUUUAUGCAGACACCUUUAAAAGACAACAAGUUUUCCAACACACUAGAACAAACAUAUUUUGAUAUUAAAAAAAAUGCAAAUCCUCAAACUCCAAUAAGUAAAUGUAUGGAAUUAUAUUAAUGGAUGAAGAAAAUCACUAUUCAACAUUAUAAAUGUUUUGAGGAUUAUGAUGAAAAGGAGUUUCAUGAUAGGGCAAUUCAUAAAAUUAGAAAGUACUUUGAAGUCACUGAAGCAAUGAAAACUUAAAAAUAAAAUGAAUAAGAAUAAACUAUAUUCACAUUAUCUCUAGCUGUCAUUGACUCAUUAAUUAAAUAGAAUGAAGGUUAAUUUGAUUUGAAACUCCUUAAAAAUGAUCUCUUCCAAUUUUCUAUUUUAGGUUUAUCCUUGUAUACCCAUUAAAUCAUAAACUAAAAACCUAAUCUAUUGUAAAACAUGAAACAAUUAUGCACAAUCUUUGAGAUAGGCCCCUUAGAUUUAUUUAGAGUGAUUGCCAAUUUUGCUCAUUUCAAUCGACAGAUGCCCUCUACUAUUACUUCAUAACUCUUUGAAUUAGAGAAACACAUCCUAUUCAAUUUGAUGUGGCAAACAGAUGCUAAGAAACUAGUCGAAAUCUUCAGAGACAGUAUUGAAUAUAUAAUAAUGCCAUGUAGAUUCCCCAAAAUAUUUUGAAUAGGAAUUAGUGAGAAGAUUCUAGAACCAUUUAGCCUUGAGAGUGAAAGAACUUUGUAAAAUACUAUAAUUAGACAUUCAUGAUUUUGCUUAUUCAGCAAUAUGCGAAUUUAUGAAGAAUCCAAAAUUAGAAGUACUAAAGGAUGUGAUUUUUGACACUGUGAUAGUUUGCACAUUUUAUGUGAUACAAAAACAUCACAAACAAAGUCCUUCCUUUAACACUUUCAAUAAAGUAAGAACAUUUUUAAUCACAAUAGCUUUACACUAAAUAUUACUCCCAAUAAAAGCAAGUAUUCACACGAAUUGUUGAGUAUUACAACGAUAGAUUUUUGAAUGAAUUCAGAGAUAUCGUGAAAUCAAUAUCGAAUGCUCAACCUUUGCAUAUUCCUAAGAAUUUUGAAUGCCAAAGUCCAUUGAUAAUAAAACCUAUUCCUGUAUCUCCUAAUUAGAAACUAUCCUAUAUAGCUACUCCAGAACCACCCUCCCCUCAAAAAAACUUCAUGCGCUCAUUGAUGCAAAAGAUAAAACCAUAAUAAUAACCAUAAUAAAAAUAAUAAGACAUUCAACCUUUCCAAGAUUGAUUUUAUAUUUAAUAAAGC